AUGUUGAAGAAUUAUUAUAAUCGAAAUCAAAGAAAUAGUGGAGGAUAUUAUAAAAGAUCUGUAUCGGGUCCAAGUAUUCAAUUGGAUGUUGUAGAAUAUGUUAUAGGCAACGAAAGACGUGCUAGGCUCGCUGUUAAUACCCCCAUAAAAGAAUAUGAACGGGUGGAAAUAUUAGAAAAUAGUGUUCCACCAUCAAAGGAGGGAACACAGGGAAUUUUAUUUCAGUUAAUACAAAAUUGUGAUGAAAAGAAUUUAAUGAAUAUAACAAUGACACCAGGCGAUGUAGUUAAUGAAAUUCCUUCAAGAAUAGCAUUAAUAACAAAUACAAGUUGUCCUUUAUUAUUACUUGAUUCAGUAGAUCGACAAAAUGUCACAGGAGCAAUCAUUAUAGCGAAUUCAUCAAUUAUAACAAAUCCUACUUCAUCGCCAAAAAUUCCUAACAAAUAUAAUUUUCCAAUAUAUUAUGUAAAUAACGCUGCUCAUGGUCAGGAAAUUGUAGAUUUUUUAUUAAGUAAUAUUUACUAUACAAGUCCAAACGAAAAUGGAGAAGCCUUUAAAUAUCGUGUUAGAGCUCUCCUAUUUCCUCAAGCUCCUUUCUUUCCUGGUGUUUGGGAAUUUACCUUGAUUGUUGUUGUUGUUUUAUUAGCAGUAUCAUUCGUUACAUCUGUUGCUAUGCAUUGUCAUCUUUAUCGAAUUCGACGUCGUCAAAGAGGAAGAGAUAAUCCAAGACCUUUUACUUAUCGCAUGAAAAUGUUAACAAUAAGCGAUGACACGUUGGCCUCUUUCCCGAUCAGAACUUAUACGGCACCUAUAUCAAAUAACGAAAUUGUGGAAACUCAAUCCAAUAUGGAGAUUAAGGAUGCUCAAAAUGAGGACAAUAUUCCAAAACAAAAUGAGAAAAGUAUUGAAGCCCAAGACUUAUCGGUAACUACGCAAACUGCGCCUGUUACACAGCUUACAUCUGAAUCAGAAGAUAAAGAAAUAAUUGACAAAAAUGAAAAAAUCGAUGAAAAGGGCACUGUAUCAAUUAAUAUACCAUCAUCAAACAAUAUACCUAUUGAUGUAAUGCCUUCUAUUCCUUUAGUCCUUAACCGUCAAGUAUCAAUUAAAUCAGACCGUCCAACUGCUUUAAGUCGUCACAUCUCGGUGAAAUCUCAACAUGCUGGUAUUAAUCGUCAUGUAUCGGUUCGUUCAGCACGUUCAACAAAAUCUACACGUUCAGAAAAUGCGAUAUCAGCAGCAACAGCUCUAUGUGAAGAAUCAGGGGCUCAUGUGGACGAUCAUGAUUCGCAAACACAUUAUAGUACAAUGUGUGCUAUUUGUCUUGAUGAAUUUGAGAAUGGUGAUCAACUUCGAGCUUUGCCUUGUAAUCAUGAAUUCCAUCACGAGUGUAUUGACCCUUGGCUCACACAAAAAUCAUCACUUUGCCCGCUAUGUAAAUUUGAUUGUGUACCAGAAAGUAGUAAGACACAAUAUGAUUCCGAGACAGAUUCAACAAAUACAUCAGGAAAUAAUAGAAAUUUCAUAGUUAUGAUACUUUUAGCAUGGUGGCCUAUUGCAUAUAUUCGUGCAAGGUUUAUAAGAUGGAGUGAGAAUCGAAGGAACAAUUCUAAUGUGGUUGAUGAUGUAUCUACUACGAACCAUCAACCAAUUAUACCAUCACCACAAGGUUUAUCGUCAUCUAGAAGAAUUGAAAUAAUCACUUCAAAUAAUAAUGGGUUGCAUAGACAAGGUAAUGGUGAAGUUUUACGAGAACUUGCUAUGCAAUCUAGCUUGGCUGGAAUAUAA